AUGCAUCGCGCAGCCACCAGAGCGCUCCGUACGACCUACCGAUGUACGGCGCGAACCUUGACUCGCAGUAGUCGACGAGGCCUCCUUCUGCCCCAACAGCCCUCUGCCGCCGUCGCCUACGGUGCUCGCCACUACCAUCGCAACCCCGCGCGGUCGCCUCAGCACGCCGGCCACGCCAUCGAGCCUCUCAAGUCCUCCAUGUAUAUCCGCCGCUUCUCUGCCGCCUUCGUCUCCGGCCUCGUCGGUUACGGCGCUUGGUACACCUACAACGGCAACGGUACCGCCACCGACAGCCACGACGCUGUGGCCCGAAGCUUUGCGACGACGACCAGUGACGCCGCAGCCCCGACGCGGACGGUGCUCGUCAUCGGCGCCGACGAGUUGCACACGGGCACCUACGUGGGCGAGGGUCCCAUCUCCAAGACGACGGGCAACGACGGCAAGAGGGUUGUUGAAAUGAUCACUCCCGACCAGGCGACGGAGAAGCUGCGCAAGACGGAGCAGUCCUACUUCGUCAACAGAGGACAGGGUGUUCUGCGCUACGACCUGGUUCAGCUGCCGAGCAACGACCCCAUCGAGGAUGACCACGCGGAGAAGAUUGUCGAGGUUCCCGGCCGCAACGGAGCCUCAGACGUGCCCAACAGUGACUGGAUGUUCUGGGGUGUCUUUGACGGCCACUCCGGAUGGACGACAUCGGCGAAACUCCGCCAAACUCUGAUCAACACAGUGGCAAACGAGCUCAACGACACUUACAAGGCAGCGCCCGGCCACUCCCCUGCCGCCGAGGCUGUCGAGGCCGCCAUCAAGGCAGGCUUCACCAAGCUUGACGACGAGAUUGUCCACCAGAGUGUUGAAAAGGUUCUCAAGUCUGGCUCCAAGACUAUGGCCGCCGAGCUCCUCCAACCCGCUCUCUCUGGCUCCUGCGCCCUCCUCUCCUUCUACGACAGCCGCUCCAAGCUUCUCCGCGUCGCUUGCACCGGUGACUCGCGCGCUGUCCUCGGCCGGCGCUCUGACUCGGGCAAGUGGACCGCCACGGCCCUCUCCGUCGACCAGACGGGCAGCAACCCCGACGAGGCCGCACGCAUGCGCAAGCUGCACCCGGGCGAGGACCGAGUCGUCCACAACGGUCGCGUCCUCGGCGGUCUCGAACCGACACGCGCCUUUGGCGACGCUACCUACAAGUGGAGCCGUGACAUCUCGAUGCGCCUUCGCCAGGCCUUCUUCGGCCGCACCCCGUCCCCGCUGCUCAAGACGCCGCCCUACGUGACGGCCGAGCCCGUUGUGACGACGACAAAAGUCAACCCCGAGAACGGCGACUUCCUGGUCCUCGCCACGGACGGCCUCUGGGAGAUGUUGACAAACGAGGAAGUCGUCGGCCUCGUCGGCAAGUGGAUCGAGACGCAGGCCAGCGGCUCGUCGUCCAACUCGCAGUUCGACUCGACCUGGGCCCGCAUCUUCGGCUCGGGCAACAAGCCCCAGCUCCCCGUCGAGCACGCCAAGGGCCAGGACGUCGGCGGCCAGAAGACGCCCAUCCGCCUGCAGCAGUGGGGCAUAUCCCCCGACGCGCCCGAGCGCUUCGUCGUCAAGGACAAGAACGUCGCCACGCACCUCGUGCGCAAUGCUCUCGGCGGCAAGAACGAGGAGCAGGUCACCGCGCUUCUGACGCUGCCCGCCCCCUUUUCCCGACGGUACCGCGACGAUCUGACCGUCCAGGUCAUCUUCUUCGGCAACGGCAGCAAGACGGGCGAGGUCGUUGCCAACCUGGAGGCGACGGCGCCCGAGGAGCCCGUCAAGGCGAAGCUGUAA